GUUCCCGCUGGUUGGGCAUCUAUGACAUCAAUUGUCUUAAACGGGGCGUGAGUGAUUUGAAACGAUUUUCGCGGGAAUGUGUGAGUUUACGUGAAGCGCAUGCACUACCAUGGCUCACUUAGACAGGUUGUUAAUACAAGGAAUCCGAAGUUUUGGCCCAGAUGAUGGAGAUGCACAACGUAUAAAAUUUCUUUCCCCUCUUACUCUUAUUCUUGGGCAAAAUGGGUGUGGAAAGACUACUAUAAUCGAGUCAUUGAAGUAUGCAGUAUCAGGAGAUUUGCCUCCAGGAGCUAAACAAGGGCAGCUAUUUGUUCAUGAUCCAAAGAUUUCAAGAAAAAUAGAGGUAAGUCAUUAUGUUUUGUUGGUUCCCAUCUUUAGUUUAAACAGUACCACCACACCUCUACAGUUUACAGGUCUUAAAGGUGACAGCUUACUUGUGACACGUUUAAUGCAGCUGACCCAAAAGGCAAAGAAGUUGGAAUUCAAAACAAAGGAUUCUACUCUCAGCAGGAUGAACUGUGAUGGUGAGCGUGUAGACAUCAGUGGACGUUGUAUCGAUAUUGACAUGGAGGUCUGUACAGCCCUAGGUGUGUCAAAGUCCAUUUUGAAUAAUGUCAUAUUCUGCCAUCAGGAAGAGUCUGCCUGGCCGCUGGAUGAAGGAAAGAAGGUGAAAGAGCGGUUCGAUGAUAUAUUUGAUGCGACGAAACAGAACAAAUGUUUGGAACAAAUACGAUUGAAGAAGAAGGCUAUUACUGAUCAUCUGAAAUUGUUAAACAAUGAUAUAGGACAUUUGAGAAACAUUAAAGAUGAGGUAGGCUUAAAGAGGAAGCAACUUGCUGAAGCAAAUAAUCGUAUGAAUGUGAACAGAGAUCAGAUCAACAAAUAUAACGGGAAGUUGGAACCAAUUGCUGAACGUUUAAAUACCAUCAAUGCACGAGAAGCUGAUAUCACAAAACUAUACACAGCGAAAGAGAAAAAGAAGACAGAGUUGGAAGGUGUGAGGGCUGCUCAAAUGGAAUUAGAACAGAAUAUACAGAGUAAAUUCAAGGGUUCGACCACUGAAUUAGAAGCAGUCAUCAAGAUGUUUCAUGUAGAAAUGAAGUUGAAGGAAACUUCUUACAAAGAUGUGAAGAAAAAGAAGACAGAGUUGGAAGGUGUGAGGGCUGCUCAAAUGGAAUUAGAACAGAAUAUACAGAGUAAAUUCAAGGGUUCGACCACUGAAUUAGAAGCAGUCAUCAAGAUGUUUCAUGUAGAAAUGAAGUUGAAGGAAACUUCUUACAAAGAUCUAACGGCAAAAUUAAGUCAUCUUGAGAAUGAAGAUAAGAAACUGCAGAUAGAUAUAACUCGAGAAAAGGUUAAGAAAGGACAGUUUCAGAGAGAGGUAGAGCAACAGCAGGAGAGGAUUGAUUCACGGAAUAAACUACUUGGCAAACUUUCUGAGGACUUGGAAAUAAGCGAGACAAUGUCAGCAGCAUCAUCAUUCACUCAGUUCUCAGGAGGUGAAGUAACUUCUGUCUUGGGUCAAGUAAACAGAAAGCUGAAAGCAAUAGAAGCAGCUCUUGAAGCACGAAAAGGGAUGAUUGAGAAUGAGGAACAAGAACUUCAGAACAGAAUAGAUGAAUACAGGGAGGAGAAGGUGUCCUUGGAGCAACAAAUAAGUAUGAAAGCAAAACAAAUGCAAGCAACCAAACAAGAAAUAAAGAAAAUAAAAGGGGAAAUAGAAGAGGUGGAUUUAUCAGCAAGUAAACUCGCCCGUAUUGAAAGAAAACUGAAACAAGCUGUUGAAGAUCUAGAGCAAGUUGAGAACUCUUUGAAUAUGGAUGAACUGAAGGAAGAAAUAAAACAAGCUAAAGACAAACGGAAUAGGUUGGAAGACGAACUGGAGGAAGUUGACAAGGAGGUGAAACUUCUGCAACAGCAGAGCAGUGUUCAAGCAGAGCUGGACCUGCAGAGAGAGAGCAAGGCUGUGAAGGAGUCUGAAGUCCGCAAAUUAAAGAAUAAAAAUGAGGAUACCCUGAAGCAUCUGUUGAAAACAGUUCCUGAGCAAGGAAUCAAAUAUGAAUUGAAGUUCUGUAUAGAUCGAUUGACUAAGGACAUCAAGGACAUGAACCUCAACCUCAGCAUCAAGCAGCGAGAAUUAACUGCCCUGGAAACCCACCGCAAACAUCAGAAAGAAGCGUUAAGAAGACGAGAAGAAGAUUUGAGAGUGAAGGAAGAAAUGGUGUAUGAAGCUUGUGGAAAUCAGGACUAUGAGGAGGUGGUGAAACGUUCUGAAGAAAUUGUCCAGGAUUUGCAGGACCAAAAAGGCACAUUGUCAUCUUCUGAAUAUCUGUUUCGCCGUUAUGUUCAGAAAUUGCAACAACCCCAGCCGUGCUGUCCUCUUUGUCACAGAGGAUUUGAUUUAGAGGCUGAUGUGAGGGAACUUGUCAAUGAGCUCAACAGCAAGGUUCGUGAGGUUCCAGCACAGCUGCAUGACAAUGCCAAGAAGCUGGAGAGCGAGAAGAAGAAAUAUGAAAAGUUGCUCGAGCUGAAGCCAUCUUAUGAAUCUAUCAUCACCUUCAGAAGAACUGAAAUUCCAACCCUUAAAACUGAACUGGAAGAGACUGAAAAGAAGCUCAGUGACUUGAGAAUUGAUGUUGAGGGUUUAGAGUCCACAUUAAUGGAGCCCCAAGCUGACAAGGUGAUGGCAGAGAAAGUUCAACCUGAUAUUGUAUUAUUGGAUCAGCAUUACAUAGAACUUCAAAAACUGCAGCGCGAAAUUGAUCGGCUGGAAGAAAAACUGCCAGCAGGAAGAUCAUCAAGGAGCAUGCAGCAAGCCCUGAAUGAGCAGGAACAGCUAAAAUCAGAAGUUAGUAAGAUCCGCCGUGUGAUAGAAGAUUCACAGCAGAAGCUAACAAGACACACAGAGAGACUACAUGAGCUCAGGGAUGAGAAAAACCGAUUGACAGAGGAAUCUUUCAAGGUUGAAGGUGGCAUGCGACAGCGCAACCAGUUAGAGGAGAGGCAGUCCGAGCUUCAAGAAGGAGAAGCUGUUUUAAAUGAGGAAAUGGUUGGUCUGCAGGAGAAGUUGGGAGAAUCUAGAAGGAAUUUUGACACAGCAACAAAGGAGAAAGAUAUAACAAGACUUAAAAACAAGGAGAUUUUAUCAAAAGAACAAAACCAGCUUUCAGAAUAUCAGAAACAGAUUGGUGAAAUACACAGGCACCAAAACAGCAUCAAGGAUUUUGAACAGCGUGGAAUAGACAAAAUGCUGGCUAGAGUUCAGCAGUCCUUGCAUGAUCUAGAAACAAUUAAGGAUACUACUUCGAAAUCAAUGCAAGACAUAAAGACAAAGAUUGCUGACAUGCACAAUGAACUAGCCAACCAGCAGAUGGUGAAACGGGAUUUGGAAGAUAACCUUAAAUUGCGAAGUAAAGAGGUAGAAGCUGAUGAUCUAAAAAAGAAAAUUGAAGAUCUUGAGAAAAGUCUUGGAGAUCUGAAGUAUGAGACUCUUCUUAGAGUGAAGAGAGACCUUCAGAAAGAGGAAGAAACCCUUACUAGAGAGGUAAUGGUAGUGCGGUUACAGUCCGACCGUUCAAUCACACAGGAUGCUAUACACACACUGCUUCGUCUGCUGGGCAUCCCUAACAGGUCCAGUUUUCAUCAAUUUCCCACGGAGUGUACGUUUAGUUUUCAAGAUGAUUCCGAGUUGAAAAUGGUUCCCGAUGUGUCUGAAUUUCUCGGAGAUUCCCUUGACAUACGGAAUGACUACAGUGCCCUGGUUGAAGAAGCAGCUGUAAGUGACUUGAAUUGUUAUUAUCAGGCCACAGAGUGGGCCAUGCUCCACUUCCAUAAGGAAAGAAUGAGAGAGAUAAACACUAUCAUUCGUGAAUUGUGGCGGCAAAUUUACCGUGGAAAUGACAUAGAUUACAUUGAGAUAAAGACGGAUGUGCCUGAGCAUUCAACUGCAGACAAGAGGCGUAACUAUAAUUACCGGGUGGUGCAGAUGAAGAAUGAUGUAGAAAUUGAUAUGAGAGGGCGCUGCAGUGCUGGGCAGAAGGUCCUGGCAUCUCUGAUUAUCCGUAUGGCUCUAGCAGAGACCUUCAGUUCAAACUGUGGUAUGCUGGCCCUUGAUGAACCAACAACAAAUCUAGACCGGGAAAACAUUGAAAGUCUGAGUACUGCAUUAGCGGAUAUUGUGAAUACAAGAUUGACCCAGAAAAACUUCCAGUUGGUCAUCAUUACUCACGAUGAAGAAUUUUUGGACCGUCUGUCAAAAGUUGAAAAACUGGAAGUGUUCUAUCGUGUAAGCAGGAAUGAGCAGGGGAAAUCUGUGAUUAAGAAGUUUGGUAUUAGUGAUCAUUAGUCUGGAUAUUCAAUGUUCUUCAUUCCAGAAUUUUCCAGGAAUGUAUUACUUUGUUGCUAUGUGAUAUGAAACUCUGGAGUGAUUUGUUUUGCUUAUUGUACAUCAGAAUAACAUAAACAGUUCUCAUAUUAUUCAGAUUAUCAGUUUCAUAUUAGGGACAAAUUCUGAAAUUUAUGCAAAGUCAUCAGGGAUUACAACACUGUUCAAGUGAAUUUUUCAGAUAUUAUAUAUUCAAGCUCAUACUGUAUUUGUACAAGUUGCAAUUGUUGGGAUAAUAUUUUUUCAAGAAUAAAUGAUGAUUUGUGUUGA